AUGAGCUUCCUCGACUCCGUCCUCACGUCCUUGGAAACGGGCAAGCCAGUUCCACUCUCUUCACCGGCCGCAGCUCCGAGGUCAUCCGUGUCGGCUCAAGUGGGAAAUCGGAAAGCGGAUAGUGGUCAUGUGGCUCAGGCAGCAGGCGCUUCGAGCUCUGGAAUCAAGCGGAAGGCCGACGAUCAGUUACCUCGACCGUCGAAACCGGAAGUUCCGCCAUCGAGCCGGACCUUUCCUAGUCGCCCUGCAGCAUUACCUACAGCUUCCAAGCCCAAUGCUUCCACUUCUUCUCCACAAAUGACCAACCAAGGUCUGUCCAACUCAACUUCGAGAAGCAUCCCGUCCGCGCCCAGCUCGGCUCUCUCUGCGAAACCACUACCUUCGAAAGCGACACCCGCCAAAAGCGCAGCCCCGAGACCUAAUCUCGCAAAAGUGCCAUCUGCCCCAGCAGCUGCCCCGAGACCAGCGGUGACCAAGGCGACCCCAGUCUCAUCGAAGCCGCCACCAAAGGGCUCUUUCGCAGCGCUCAUGCAGCAAGCCAAGGCCAUUCAAGAGAAGGCUCCUGCUCCAAUUGGCAUUGUCCGCCACCAGAAAGUUCAGAAAGAAAGGCUGAGCAAAGUUGAGCGGAGAAGACGACUUGAAGAGGCCAAGGCGCAGACGAAGGCUGCGCGCACAGGAAAGCGUACCGCACCUGCAGCUGCAGCUUCAUCAAGUACCACUGCAGUAAAGCGUCGGACGCCGGAACCACUGUCUUACAAAGGGACGGCCAAGCCAGCAUCGAAUCCUGAGCCCAUCGCGUACAAGGGAACAGCGGGUCGGCAAUCUCAGCGAAGUAGUGUCGAACGACGGCCGGCAAAGCGCAGGAUGGACGAAUACCUCGCCACUGAUGAAGAAGACGAGGGUGACUACGGUGGCUACGAGGAUCAGGAGGAUUACUACUCGGAUGCAUCAUCCGACAUGGAAGCUGGCUUUGAUGAUGUGCGAGAGGAAGAAGAUGCGGCCUUGAAGUAUGCGCGGAAGGAAGAUGAGGAAGAGUUGCGACGAGAGAUGGUCGCGAAGAAGGAGAAACUUGAGCGUCAGAAGAAACUCGAAGCUCUGGCAGCGUCCCGCAACAGGCGCUGA